AAACUUAGUGCACAUGCACCUGUUUAGAAGGUAAUUAUCCCCAAAUAAUGUGUAUGCAAUUAUAUAUGUAAGGUGGCUUUGCUAUUUUUUGUCCAAGGUUGUAUUUAAUUAUGAAAAAUGAUGCCCCACCAAAAGAAAAGUUGCUUCAUAAUUUGGUUGGUAACCCAUACCAUAACAAAUUAUUUGCUAAUUUUCCUCAAUUAUCACAUUAUUAUUGGACAUAUUACCCAUAUAUAAAUAUAUUUCAAGAAUCCAAUAAUCUAUAAUCUUGCCUCACAAUUCUCCACCAUGAAGUUUCAAGCCAUUGAUCUGCCAAAUGCAAAAUACACACAACCAAACAACACCUACAAAAAAGGUAUUCUUCUAGCCCUCACCUUUCUUCUGCUCACCACAAUCCCUCUCUGCAUAAACAACAGCACAACUUCUCCAUUGCUAUCUCCUAACAGCAACAUUACCAGUGGAUUAAAAACCAUCGAAAACGAAGACCAAUGCCAAAUAUUUACUGGGAAUUGGAUUCCAUAUCCAGAUGGACCUGCUUACUACACAAGGCUUGGACGAGCCAGACAAGGCUUGGGAAACUGAGGUUGAAAAUUUUGAUUAUGUCAUCGUCUCAGCAGGCCAAUGGUUCUUCCUGCCGCUGAUAUACUACGAAAAUGGUCGCGUUAUAGGGUGUCACAAGUGCGGACGAGACAACAUGAAAUCUUUUCUCACGCACUACGGCUACAAUAAGGCAUUCCAAACGGUAUUCAGGACCCUUCAGAACCUCAAAAACUACAAGGGGGUGACAUUUGUGAGGACGUUUUCGCCGGCACACUUCGAAAACGGGGCGUGGAACGAGGGAGGAAAUUGUGCGAGGACAAGGCCUUUUUGCAAAGAAGAAAUGAAGCUCGCUGGGCGUAUUUUGGAGAUGUAUUUGGCACAAGUAGAGGAGCUAAAAGCAGCAGAAAAGAAAGGUAUGAAAAGAGGCCUUGAAUUUAGGUUAAUGGAUACAACUGAAGCUAUGUUGCUGAGGCCUGAUGGACAUCCUAACUUCUACGGACACUCACCUCACCGGAACAUGACUGUUGCUGACUGUGUUCACUGGUGUUUGCCUGGGCCCAUUGAUACGUGGAAUGAGAUUUUGCUGUAUAUGUUGAAAUCCGGGCACAGAACAUCCUGACGGGGGAAGAAGUUCCGUGCACUUUGAAUGUUACUCUAGAAAUAUUAAAUAUCCCAUAGUUAGUUUGAGAUAUCGUCAUUGCAACAUAAAAAAGUAAAUUAUAAUAAAAUGCUUGAUGAAACAUUAUA